AAAUAGAAAUGGCAAGAUUGGCAAGAAAAAAACAACAACAAGAACAAGAACAGCAACAACAGGAGCAAGUGCAACAACAAGAUCAAAAACAACAACGACAGCAGCAGCAACAACAACAACAACAACAGCAGCAACAGCAGAAACAAGACCAAGAACAAGAACAAGAACCUAAUGCACCUCUUGCGGCUUCAAUAACAAAUCAAGUAACCCAGCCUGCAGAUGACAAUGAUGAUGACAAUACUGUGAUGAAAGAACGAGAUCCUUCAUUUGAAAGAGAUCAGACGGUUGAAAUCCAUCCCAAAAAAGUAAUUCAGGAUGAUCACAAUGCACCACCCACCACUCCAUUACCCAAUCGACAUAUCAAACCCAAAUAUCCUCCUAGUCAACCUGUGCAACCUCCAACCCCUGCCUACGUUCAACCAUUAUAUCGUCCUACUCCAUUACUUGAUCAUCAUCAGCCUGCUGAAGAUUCCUUUUUCCAUCAAGAAACUAGCAACAUCAAGGUCUCCUCCUCUUCUACUUGUUGUUGUAUUAUUUCCUAGAUAGAUUUAUUUUACCCAUGUACAAGAUAUAUCCCCCCUUUCAUUUCCC